AUGGCGAAGAGGAAGCAGCCUGAGACUGACAUCGAGUCCGACCCGGAACACUCGGCCGCAGACACCCCCCCUUCGAAGCGCCGAAGACGAACAGCAGAAGCAGCGGAAGCGCUCACCAAUGGACAUCACCACGAUGAGAACGAGGCUCCAGGGACAAAUGGGUCACCCGAGAAGCAGGAGACUCCCUCGCGAAGGAUAAGGAGACCCACGGCAAAGGCACGGGCACUGCUCGAAGCAGAGAACGACGAAGGAAGCCCUACUCCCAAAGUCAACGGCCGGACUCUCUUCGCGACGCCCAGGAAGACCAAGGACACCAUUGCCACCGUGACGCCCUCGAGAUCGGUCAAAGCCAAAGCAGACCGAUCAGCGAAACGGAAGAGCGCCCGACUUAUAGCCGAAGCACAGACCCACGUGGACGAGGAUGUGGACGAGGACGAGGACGGGCUACAAGGGCAAGAUAGGCGAUUAGCAAGAGAGAUCCUCGACGAGGACGAACACACGGACGAAGAAGACAUCGAAGAAGCAGAGUUGGUCCGCAACGUCGAACGCCAUAUCUCUGAUGCCAAAGACACUGCGACAGCCACUACACCCACACCCACACCCAGAAAACGCGGCAGACCCAGGACCGCAAUCAAACCCCAGUCCACAAAACCCGUCCGCUCACCAACCCCCGAAGGCGACAUCCCGCCCGAAGAACGAUACUUCUACCAAACACGACCCGGCGCGCCUCAAGUCUCGAACAACCGCUUCAACAGCGUCAAACUUCUGACCCAGGAGGAAUAUUUCGAACAGAUCGCCUCGUGGAGAGACCCCCACGCGCCCGAGAAGGCCUUUUUGUCGAACCUUCACGCCCGAGCCUUUCCGCAGUGGAAGGCCGAACUCGACGAAGGCUACAGCCUCUGUCUGUACGGCUACGGGAGUAAACGGUCCCUCGUGACUCGAUUCGCGGAGUGGGUGUACAAGAGAUGCAACUCUGAUUCCAACUCCGCCUCUGCCUCCGCCUCUGCCUCCGCCUCUGCCUCUGCCACUGCCUCUGCCACUGCCACCGGCACUGCACCACAAAUAGUCAUCCUGAACGGAUACAUGCCUAAACUCAACAUUCGAAAUAUUCUCAAUACGAUCGCCUCUGCCUCGACGGCGGGCCCUGAGCACGGUCAUGAAGACGAACUCGACGGGCCUAAACUAACGGGCCAGCCCGAGGAAAUGCUCGAUGGCCUACUAGCCCACUUGACUUCGAAUCCUCCACCGCAGGGGGCCCUCUACGUGAUGGUCAACUCCAUCGACGGCCCCUCCCUCCGCCGCGCUGGGAUGCAAUCCCUCCUUGCGCGCCUGGCCGCCCACCCGGCCGUGCGUUUCGUCUGCACGGCCGACUCGCCCCUCUUCCCGACAAUGUGGAACUCCACCCACCUCGAGCACUUCCGCUUCGCCUACCAUGACUGCACGACCUUUGCGCCGUACGAGGCCGAGACGGAGACAGGUGCAGGUGCAGGUGCCGUGGACCAAGUCCACGAAUUACUCGGCAAGAAGAGAUCACGCGCCGGGGGCAAAGAGGGCGUGGGAUUCGUGCUGAAGUCCCUACCCGAGAACGCGAGGAAUCUCUACCGCCUACUCUUGACGGAGAUCUUGACACUCAUGGAGGAGGGCCUGGAUGAUUGGGACGGUACCGUCGGCGAUGACGCCGAUGAAGAUGGAGAUGAAUAUCAGGGCCGCGACGACGACGACGACGACGAGGACGACGAGGACGACUCAGACCCCGUACCACGGACACGGAAAAGGAAGAAUAAGAAGACGAAGAGGAAGACGAAUACAGAGACAAAGACGAAAAAACCCAAAGCCAAAGUGCCAGAGCCAUCGGCCGCCGAGGAAGUCGGCGUCGAGUACCGCGCCCUGUACCGCAAGGCGGCCGAGGAGUUCAUCUGCAGCAGCGCCAUGAACUUCCAGUUCCUGCUCAAGGAGUUUCUCGACCAUCAGAUGAUCACGAGCCGACGCGACGGCGUGUCGGGCGCCGAGAUGCUAGGUGUGCCGCUGGGCAGGGAGGAGAUGCUGGGCGUGCUUGAGGAGCUUGUCUGA